GCCGUGGUCUUCGCAUGUCCAUCGGCUUCUUUUGGUAACGCGUCAAAAUGGGUAUCGACAUCAACCACAAGCAUGAUCGCAAAGUGCGGCGCACCGAGCCCAAGUCCCAGGACGUCUACUUACGGCUUCUGGUCAAGCUGUACAGAUACUUGGCAAGGAGAACUAACUCCAAGUUCAACAGAAUCAUCCUCAAGAGGCUUUUCAUGAGUAAAAUCCACCGUCCACCAAUUUCCCUGGCCCGGGUUGUUAGGUUCAUGAAGAAGCCCAAACGUGAAAACUGCACUGCUGUUGUUGUUGGCACAAUUACCGACGAUGCCAGGAUCUUUGAGGUCCCAAAACUGACUGUAUGCGCUCUCCGCGUGACUGAAAAAGCACGAGGCCGUAUCUUGAAAGCUGGGGGUGAAAUCAUCACAUUUGACCAGCUAGCUCUGCGGUCGCCAACCGGUCGCAAGACUGUUCUCAUGCAAGGACGUCGUAACGCUCGCGAAGCCGUCAGGCACUUUGGACUUGCUCCUGGUGUGCCACACUCACACACGAAACCGCUCGUACGUUCGAAGGGACGAAAAUUCGAGAGAGCGCGAGGUCGCAGAAGUAGCUGUGGUUACAAAAAGUAAAUCUGUUUAUAUAAUUGAAAUAAAAUCGGUAUUCGCAUAAGUUACGUUGUAUUGUUUUUGAUACAUUAUUUUUUUUUAAUUUAAAACCAACUUUAAAGUAGAAAAAAAAAUAAAUAGAGAAAUACUUGAA